UACAGCUCGAUACAUGGAUAGAUAAUAAGAUUAGGUUUCCGGAUUUUGUCAGACUUUCUCCUCUGACGCCUCCACAUCUUAUUAUCUUCUUCUCUCCUCUGUUGUAUGUAACACUCUGUGUAUAAAGACUGCUCCGUGAUGAAAUGGUUUUCUCUGCUAGUCGGACGGACGGAAACUGGACUUCUUUCUUUGCAAAAAAUCCAUGCAGCGUUGCGGUGUGUGGAGUAGUAGGAAAGCAGAGAAAAGGAUCAUUUAUAUACAUACAUACACAAACACACCAUUACAAAUUCGGGACGACCAGGACCGAGACUUUCUCUCUGCUCUUUCUCUCUUUCUCUGGAUCAUGGAGAAAGUGGUUGAGGAGUAGGGAAGGGUCCAACGUAUGAGGAAAUCGAUACUCAUGCCAAAUGACUCACGGCCAUAAGAGAAAUAACACAUGAAUUAACAGUGCGAAACUUUACACAGCUUGCCUUCCUCUCCUCCUCCUGCUGGUGAAAAUGGCUGAUUUCGAAUUUGAAGAAUUUCGAAAAUAUUUCGACCGUCUCCCACAAUACAUCAAAGCUCCGGCAGAUAUUUAUACAUUGGUGCACGAUAUCCCGGAAUUGAUGGAGGAUGGACCUGAGCAGCAAAGUCCGAAAUCAGGCCUCAUCCCAGACACAGAUUAUAGCGAAAAUAUCGCAGAACCAUUUUCAGGAGAUUUGCAACUUAUUCCAACAGACAGAGAUGAACGUUUGAGUACGACGAGGAGACGGAGAAAAUUACCAGAAAUUCCUAAAAAUCCUGCGCGCAGAUGGAAUGAGGAAACACGCCAAAUUUCAUUAGCAGAAGAAAUCUUAGACGCGGACAAAAAUGUACGAUCUUUGUCUAAUUUUGGGAAUGGAUGUUUCGUACAGCAGCCUCAAUUUACUAGUUUAGUAGCUAAAAGUGAAAAUUGUUCCGGUUCGAGGCCAAUUUUUAUCCUAAAGUUGAAUAGUUUUAAUGGAGGAGACGAAGGCAGUUCCCCAGAUUCAGAACUUUAUCCAAGUUUGGACUCUGGGAACUCGACCAUUCAUUCUGAAGACGGAAGCAAACCAUACUCACCCCAAGUCCCAUCCGUUAACGAAUCAUUUUCUCCAGGAUCUCCCACCUCAUCCGGUGUUCUCUGUACUCACUUGGAAAUACUAGAAGCCACACAUCGUGGCUUGCACAAAUUCGUGCCAAGACAUCACGACGAAGUCGAAGUAGACAUUGGUGACCCGAUCUACAUGCAAAAAGAAGCCGACGACUUGUGGUGUGAAGGGGUAAAUUUAAGGACUGGGAUGCAGGGGAUAUUUCCUUCCGCAUACGUGGUUGACGUGGAAUACAAUGACUUUGACCCAACGGCCAAUAAGGUGAAGAAAGAGAGGUAUCUUCUCAACUAUGUGGGCUCAAUAGAAACACUGUAUCACAAAGGGAACGAAGUAUUGUGUCAAGCUGUCAAAAAAAUAUCACGUCACGAAGGCUACGUCGCGUCGCAUAAGAGGCCCUGCAUUUUGGAAAUUUCUGACCAAGGGAUUCACAUGUUAGACAAGGCAAAGACUUCAACGCCUAAUCAUGCACUUUCGUGUCAUGAUUACUUUUACGCACUCAAGAACGUCUCGUUCUGCGGUUUUCACCCAAAGGACCAUCGAUACUUUGGCUUCGUUACGAAACAUCCUACACUUAAUCGAUUCGCGUGUCACGUUUUUAUUUCCGACGACUCGACCCGGCCGGUGGCUGAGGCAGUUGGUCGAGCGUUUCAACGGUUCUACAAAAAGUUUUUGGAAACGGCAUAUCCAAUUGAAGAUAUUUACCUGGAGUGAAAAUAGAAGGAUUUAACCUCGGAAGGAAAUUCCUUUCACUGACAUACUAAAAUACACACCAGUUAAACAAUAACCUUGUUAAUUUCCAUGAAAGUGUGACUAGAACGCAAAAAACUUCCUAAAUACGAAAAAAAUAACAUUUUGCUUAAAGUUGAAGCUUAUUAUGUGGAAAAUAAACUGUUUGUUGAUGAAACCAGUA